ACCUACACUGGCUCCAUCCUGGUGGCCGUCAACCCGUACCAGCUGCUGCCCAUCUACACGGCCGAGCAGAUCCGUUACUACACCAACAGGAAGAUCGGUGAGAUGCCACCGCACAUCUUUGCCAUAGCCGAUAACUGCUACUUCAACAUGCAGCGGAACAACAGGGACCAGUGCUGUAUUAUAAGUGGAGAGUCUGGAGCUGGUAAAACGGAGAGUACAAAGCUAAUACUACAGUUCCUGGCAGCGAUCAGUGGGCAACACUCCUGGAUUGAGCAGCAGGUUCUUGAGGCCAAUCCCAUUCUAGAAGCUUUUGGGAACGCUAAAACCAUAAGGAACGAUAACUCCAGUCGGUUCGGGAAAUACAUUGACAUCCAUUUCAACAAGCGUGGAGCCAUUGAAGGAGCCAAGAUUGAGCAGUAUCUCCUGGAGAAGUCUCGUGUUUGUCGCCAGGCCAACGGGGAGAGGAACUACCAUAUUUUCUACUGCAUGCUGAUGGGGAUGAGCCCAGAGCAGAAGAAGAAGCUCGGACUGGGGAAACCCACGGACUACACCUACUUGACCAUGGGAAAGUGCACCUUCUGCGAUGGCCGGGAUGACAGCAAGGAGUACGCCAACAUUCGCUCCGCCAUGAAGGUCCUCAUGUUCACCGACACGGAAAACGGGGAGAUCAGCAAGCUGAUGGCUGCCAUCCUGCACAUGGGCAACCUCUCGUAUGAACGUAAGUCUGCACAUUCCCCUUGAGUCUCAUUGUCGGCAACUCAUUUUCAUCUAGCCCACAGCUAACUUUUUUCACUGGAGUUUAGAAGGAUGAGGGGGAUCUUAUAGAAACAUUUCAAAUUAUAAAAGGACUGGGCAAGCUAGAUGCAGGAAAAAUGUUCCCAAUGUUGGGCGAGUCCAGAACCAGGGGCCACAGUCUUAGAAUAAAGGGGAGGUCAUUUAAGACUGAGGUGAGAAAAAACUUUUUCGCCCAGAGAGUUGUGAAUUUAUGGAAUUCCCUGCCACAGAGGGCAGUGGAGGCCAAGUCACUGGAUGGAUUUAAGAGAGAGUUAGAUAGAGCUAGUGGGAUCAAGGGAUAUGGGGAGAAGGCAGGCACGGGUUAUUGAUUGGGGACGAUCAGCCAUGAUCACAAUGAAUGGUGGUGCUGGCUCGAAGGGCCGAAUG